AUGAGUCGGUUUCUGGUACUUUUAUCGGCUGCUCUGUUUGGUUUGGUUGUGAGCCAGCGUUUGCCCAAGAAUCAGCCAGUGUCAUUUCCCAAGGAGCAAGACAUUGUCUUUCCAGAUAACAAGCCGUUCGAUACACUAUUCAAAAUCAGUGACUUUUACUAUAAUAGUAUGCUAGAUAAAAAGCUCGAGCUCCCACUACCGCCGCGGCGUGAGCUGAAUCCUAUUCAUGUCAGACCAGGCCAACCGUUUCCACCUCCGCCUAAUGGGCGACGGUACAAAAAAAGGCGCAUGGGACAGAAUAGACGCCUCUGCGAGCGUAAGUAUUCCGAGUAUGUUGAGCGAAUCUUUCCUAACGAUACGGCCGUCAAGGAAGACGCAAAUGACGAAGAUUUCGAUGGCCGCGUACUUGCCCGGCCUGGUGAAUACCCCCAUAUGGCGGCAGUCGGUUUUUCGACAAACUCGGAGAAAAUCGACUACAAGUGUGGCGGCAGCUUGAUAAGUGAGAACUUUGUAUUGACUGUGGCCCAUUGCACCGAGGUGGAUGGCGAAGCACCAAAAUGGGUGCGCAUCGGUGGACUGAAUCUUAUGAUCGAUGAGGUAACGGUUAAGCCACAGAGUUUUGACAUCGAAAGCAUCUUCAACCAUCCCGACUACAUUGUCGAUUCCUAUUAUAAUGAUAUAGCGCUGCUUAAGCUGGCGACAAAUGUAAUUCUAAGUGAGUUCGUCCGGCCUAUACGGCUUUGGGUGGAUAAGCAGCUGCCUACUUCGAUUGCAUUUGCCAUGGGGUAUGGUUCGACUAGCUUUAGCAAGGCCAUGACAUACCGUCUGACCCAUCUAAAUGCGACCAUAGUACCCAAUGACGAAUGCGCCCGAGAUCUGCCCGUGUUUGCUGAGACUCCCAAUGGCAUUAUAGACAGUCAGAUCUGUGCGCAGGAUUUCCUUCAGAAUCGAGACACCUGUCAAGGUGACUCCGGCGGUCCAUUGCAACUAAAUUUGCCCGGUCGCAGACGUCGCCAUAUCCAUUACCAUCUUAUAGGGAUCACCUCCUUUGGCGUAUUCUGUCGCAGCAGCUAUCCAAGUGUUUACACCCGUGUGUUUUCGUUCCUGGACUGGAUCGAAAAUAUCACGUGGGGAACACCGGAGAACUGAGCUUCAUGGAACUUUAUUUAAUGCAUACUACAGCUAACGAUAUCUGAGCUAAGCAAAUAAGUACAGAAACCAAAAUGUCUUCAUAUAUUGAUGACAGCAAA